UUCCAUUUAUUGAUUCUAAUUUAUGGACCUUUCAACGUAUGUAAAGAAAAUAUCUCGCUGGUCGGGUUUGCUCGAAUAGUUUGAAUUUCAUUGUGAAACCUGCACAGGUCAAGAGGCCUCCCGACUGAAUUUUGUGACGUCAUUGUUGUUGGUUCGUUAGUUUCGUUGAGGUGUGUCAUUUUACUGCAUAUUUCGAGCGGAAUUAGGAGGGUUGAUUUCGAUAAAGACUUGGCAGCUGUAUUUGUAAGCACGCAAGAUGGGUCUCAGUUGUGGUAUGAAAUGCCUGAAGUACAUACUCUUCACCUUCAACAUUAUUCUCUUCCUGAUUGGCGCCGCCCUUCUUGCCGUUGGUAUCUUUGUCGCGGUGGACGCAUCCAAACUCUUCGAACUUUUGGAUAAAGUGAGUUUCACGCAAGAGGUUGGAGGCCUUGAUGUUAAAUCCCUUCUGAAGCAAAGCGCCUACGUCAUAAUAGCGUUCGGUGCUUUCGUUUUCCUCGUUGCGUUCCUCGGAUGCUGCGGCGCGAUCAAAGAAAGCAAGUGCAUGCUGGGAACGUAUGCCACGAUCGUCUGCAUCUGUCUGAUUGUUGAGAUCGCCGCCGUUAUUCUGGCCGCCGUAUUCUGGAAUCACACUAAGGCGGAACUGGAGAAUUAUCUCAACAGGACCAUCAUUGAAGACUACAAUGGAUACAAUACGAAACUGGUUCCUACGGGUAAUACGGAUUCACUUGCAUGGGAUUUUAUUAUGAUAUAUUUCAAGUGUUGCGGCCGCAAUAACUACAAAGAUUUCGAUAAUGCUUUAAAGUGGAACAAGACAUUGCCCGACGGCAAGGGAACCGCGAAGAUCCCUCCCGCCUGCUGCGUCAUGAAAGACAAUCAUAAGUUCCCGAACAUGACCAUUAAAGAUCCGAAGUGUCCGACAAAUCCCACUACUACGAAUGCUUACAUGAAAGACAACCAGGGCUGCCAGAAGGCGGUAGAGGAGAAGAUCUCCAAGUAUGCCGCCCCCAUCAUCGGAGUCUGCGCUGCAGUGGCCUUCAUACAGCUUUUUGUUGUUAUUUCCGCCUGCUGCGUGUGUCACAAAAUUGGCAAAGAGGACUAAUGUUGUUCGUGAUCAUUGCGGCAUGUUGCGUGUGCCACCAGAUAGGGAAGGGUGACAAUUAUGCUGCGUGAGUGUCGUCACAGGGCACUGACAUAUAGAGAGGUUGAGACAUCAUUAUUUACGUUCAGCCCUUCUUGUUUCGUUUUAGUUGUUCGUUAUUAUUGCUGCUUGCUGCGUGUGCCGCCAUAUUGGGAGAGACGAUGACUUUAAGGGCUGAUCAGUGACGUCACGUAAAUAGAGAGGCUUAGAUAUAUCAGUAGUUUCCAUUCCAUACAGGUACGAAUGUAGGCUUACGCAGGCUAAGGCAGCCAUAAAAAGAAAAACAAAAAUUGAUAGACAUUGACACUGGCAAUAUUAGUGCGAUUAUUACUUCAAGUUGAUUACGAAAAGUGGCUUCAAUCUUAUUCUAUGUACUAAAACUUCAUAAUUUCUGCUCAUAGCAUUAUUUCAUUGACAUCCAAGUAAGACCGGAUUUAUACUUAAUCCACACUUGUUGACAUCAGAUACAAUAAGAGGUGUGAGAAUUUCUUAGAAAAUUCAUCCCGAUGCUAAAUGCGUUGAACACGUACACCAGGAUAUUUCUAAACCUGUCUAUUCAUUUGAAAACGCAGUAAUUGAUGACGUAAAUAUUGUAAAUACCAUGUCAUUGUUUUUGGGCACACAGCAUUUUCAAACUUCUUUAAUGUUUCAUCUGAACAGGAAGCAUCCCCCUCUAAAUAGAUUUUUAGACUUUUGUUAAAAGGACACGUUUUGUUAAAGGAACAAGAUAUGUUGUUUUUUCGUACAAAAAUGGUUUCCAGCGGGACCGUGACUUCCCCUAGUAUGAUCCGAAAGUAUCAAACUGCAAUAUUAGAAAAGAAUACACCAGUCACCCGACCUUAAAUAGGCAAUCCGUUUUCCAAAACCGCCUCAAACAUUUGUGAAAGUCGACAAGACUCAGUGUCGUGGUAUUGCAGGUGGCGGCACAUGGAUUGGUGGCAAUAUGGGGUAUCAUCCUCUGAAUGAACUCCCACUCAAAAUCAAAUCCUUCCUGUCCCUUUAAUACCAAGAUCGUGCAACACAAAUAUUGUAUCUUUUAUAUACGUGGUGGAUACAGCUAAUCAAUCGUAUAUUCGUAUGUAUAUUGUACGAAUACGGCAUGUGAAAAUAAUUCUAAUUUUACAACCGUUUGUCUUUAUCAUUACUCUCAUUUCAUUUGUGUAAGGUCAGUGACAUACAAUGUUGGCCCAAGGAGUAUUAUUAGACUUGUCGUUCGGCUGAUCAACCAUUUUGGCAAUACUGUAAACUGACAAAGUUUCGCGCCGUUUUAUUUCGAGUUUCCAAGUCGCAAAAAUUUCCGAAAAAAACUAAAUUUUCACGAUUUUUUUGAGGAUGACGAAAUUUCUCUCGGUAUUUCGAUAUAAGAGAAUAUUUUUUCGCGGUGUUUAUGUUCGCGAGUUUAAACUAUUCACGAAACUCGCGAAAAUAAAACGCCGUGAAAAUUUAGAUGGCUGUGACCGAUGCAGUACAUACAUAUAUGAGGCGUAUUUAUGCCUAAAAUCAACUGACCUUAUGCGAAUGAAUAUAGAGUAUUUAAAUACGUGUAAAGCAGAAAUGGUUCAAAUACUGUCCAGCAAACUGUCCAUCAAAUACCGUCAAGCAAACAAACCCGUCCGAUCGAAUUUGAAAUAACAGUGAAGAUCUUUUUUUUAGUGAAGAACUGUAAAACAAAUUUAAAUAUAUACAUGUAUGCACUCUAAAAUAGCUUGUACCGCUAGUGGCCAGGCCACGAGUUAAUGUAUUCCAGGUAGAUAUCCUGCUGAGCCGAGUGGGCUGUGUUUAGGUCAUGGUUGUCAGCUUAAUACUUAUGGGUUGUCAGCUUAACACUUUGAAUGUUGUGAGCUAAACACAAUGAGACUUAGUGUUGUCAGCUUAACACUUAUGGGUUGUCAGCUUAACACUUUGAAUGUUGUGAGCUAAACACAAUAAGACUUAGUGUUGUCAGCUUAACACUUGUCAGCUUAACACUGUGAAUGUUGUGAGCUAAACACAAUAAGACUUAGUGUUGUCAGCUUAACACUUGUCAGCUUAACACUGUGAAUGUUGUGAGCUAAACACAAUAAGACUUAGUGUUGUCAGCUUAACACUUGUCAGCUUAACACUGUGAAUGUUGUGAGCUAAACACAAUAAGACGUAGUGUUGUCAGCUUAACACAAAAAUCGUUCUGAGCUUAACACUUUAAGAGUUGUCAGCCUAACAUUUUAAGUAUUUUCUGAGUCAUCACGAUCAGCCCGUGGCAUUUUGGUGGUUUAUACGUGGGUUGAUAACACUAAUACCUGAGUAAAAUUGAAAUAAAACACUUAUUACUAAUAAAACUUUCGUCAAUUAUGCUCAACACUUUAACUUUCGUCAAUUAUGCUCAACACUUAGAGUCAUAACGCUGAAGCUAAUCAAAUGAUAACUCUGAGCGUUGUAAUACUCCGAGUGAUAACACUAAGAGAGUGAUAACACCAUAAGAUGGAUAACACUAUGAAACUGAUGACACUAUAAGAGUGAUAACACUAUAAGUUUGGUAACACUAUGUAAUUGAUAAAAAACUUUAAGAGUAACAUCACUUGCUGAGAUAAACGCCCACAGUGCUAACGCUUCGACUUAUAACGUAACAGCAAUAAUUCAGUAGCAGUUACAUAGGCCUACACUAGUUCACCGAUAACACCAUAAAAGUGAUGACACUAUAAGAUUGAUAACACUAUGAUAUUGAGAACACUUGCUGAGAUAUAAACCCAUGCUGACGCAUAGACCAAUAACAUUCAUAGCAUUUAAUAAUUUUGUAAUCAGUUACAUACUCUUUCAUACAACUUUUUCCGAGACGUACCAAGGCCAGGGAGGCUUCCAUCUCGUGCGUGAGCGAUAGAAAAAGUGCCGGUGACACCAAUUUGUGCGAUGACACUGACGUCAAGUUACGGCCUGACGUUUGUGCCUACCUCGCAGUAAUUAAAGAAGUGGUCGUAUAGCUGUGAAAGUCAAGUAUCUGAAGCCAUCUUUUGUGCCAUAUCGAUAUUAGAAUACUAGUUGUUAAAUGGAAGUUUAGAUUUGUGAACAGUAAUAUCUAAAGGCCGAUUUUAUGCCUUCAUAACUCAAAUUUGAAAUGUCUGAUUUUGUAUAUUUACCAGCAAACAAAGGAACUAAAAGGACGGCCAUGAUUUAAGGCUGUGGGUAAUAUUAGUUGAUUUUUCAAUAUUUUAUCAUAAUGUUAUAAACACUAGUUCAUGUAGUAGAGUAGAGAAAUGUUUCAUAUUUUUAAUCGCUUUGCAUUAUGAUACAAUAGUCUAUCUUUUGUAAGACCGGAUAUGUAAAUAAAUUAACUGUAUAGAA